AUGAAUAUAUCAUCACGUUUAAAUUUGAUAAAACAGUUUCAAUUGAAACGUUUAUCACAUAUUAUUGAUCAUUCACUAUUAUAUACUACAUCUGCAGCAUAUCAGCAUCAACAACAACAAGCUCUCCUUCAAUCAGAUAUUUUUAAUAUUCGACCUACUACAUCCUUAAUAAAAAAUUUAGUUGAACAUAAUCAACCCUUUCGACAAUGGUUUAAGAAUGUAUUACGUACAUUUUCUAUGAAUAAUAAAGAAUUUCUAAUGAUGUCAUCUAUUAAAAAUGAUCCGCGGAAUUUUCCACCAGAGCCUGGAGUUGGAAAAGAAAAUCAAUCUGAUAAUCAAAAUCCAUCAACAGAUAGUAAUGAUCCAAAUAAACAACAACAACCACCACUUCCCUCUCCAAUGAAUCCACGAAUAAUAAUUACGAUCUUUCUUCUAUCUAUGAUCCUAGCAUAUAUAACUUCAAGUCAAGAAAAACAACGCGAUGCUAAUGGUCUUUCUCAUGGUUAUAUAUCAUGGAAUGAAUUUGUUCAAGAUAUGUUAUCGAAAGGAGAAGUUGAAGAAGUUAUUAUCCACAUAGAAGAAGAACUUGCUUAUAUAAAAUUACAUCCACAACCGCUAUUUGAUCGAGAUACAUUUGUUAUGAAGAUAAGUAAUGUUGAAAAAUUUGAAGAAAAAUUACGAAAAGUUGAAUCAGAUUUACAUAUUGAUCCAACAAGUCGAAUAUUAGUCAGUUAUACACGAAACAGUCAAUGGCCAGGUGUAAUUUUUGUUCUUUCAACUGUUAUACUACUAUUUGCUUUUCUUAAAUCACGUAUGAAAAUGAAUUUUGUUAAUCCAAUGGAGAUGAUGACAAAAGCAAAAUUUACUAUGGUUGAUCCACAUAUAAAAGUUAAUAUACCAAAAAUUUCUUUCCGUGAUGUUGCUGGUAUGAAAGAAGCUAAACAAGAAGUUAUGGAAUUUGUUGAAUAUAUGAAAACACCAGAAAAAUUUGCUGAAUUAGGAGGAAAAGUUCCAAAAGGUGCUCUACUUCUUGGUCCACCAGGUAUUGGUAAAACAAUGUUAGCUAAAGCAGUUGCUGCCGAAGCAGGUGUACCAUUUCUUUCUAUGAAUGGAUCAGAAUUUGUUGAAAUGAUCGGUGGUCUUGGAGCAGCUCGUGUUCGAGAUUUAUUUCGAGAAGCACGUAAACGAUCACCAUGUAUUAUUUAUAUAGAUGAAAUCGAUGCAAUUGGAAAGAAAAGACGUGGAGAAAAUAAAUCCAGUUAUAUGACGAGUAGUGAAGAAGAACAUACAUUAAAUCAAUUAUUAGUUGAAAUGGAUGGUCUUGAAUCAAAAACAAAUGUAAUUAUGCUUGCAUCAACAAAUCGUGCAGAUGUACUCGAUAAAGCUUUACUUCGACCAGGUCGUUUUGAUCGACAUAUACUUAUUGAUUACCCAACAUUACCUGAACGUAUUGAAAUAUUAGAAGUUUAUUUAAAAAAACUUAAGAUAGAAAAAGAUGUCAAAUUUUAUUCAACACGUUUAGCACAAUUAACACCGGGAAUGAGCGGAGCUGAUCUUGCUAAUAUAUGUAAUGAAGCUGCAUUACACGCUGCACGUACAGGAAAAAAAGUUAUUGAACGAAAUGAUUUUGAAGCUGCUGUCGAACGUGUUGUUGCUGGUGCAGCUAAAAAAGAAAGUACAAUGGCACCAACAGAAAAACGUACUGUUGCCUAUCAUGAAGCUGGCCAUGUUAUAAGUGGUUGGUUUUUAAAAUCAACAAGUUUACCAUUAAAAGUAACAAUUGUACCAAGAACAGGACCAGCUCUUGGUUUUGCACAAUAUAUGCCAAAAGAUAAAAAAUUAUUUCAUGAAGACGAAUUUGAUGAAGACUUAUGUGUCAUGUUAGGUGGUCGAGUUGCAGAAUUGAUUGUAUUUAAUCAUGCAUCAACUGGAGCUCAAGAUGAUUUAAAACGAGCAACAAAAUUAGCUUAUGCUCAAAUAAAACAAUUCGGUAUGAGUAAGACAAUUGGUCUCAUUUCCUUUCCUGCUGAUCGACAGAAUCCACAAAAUGAUGAUUUUGGUGUUAAACCAUAUAGUAAACGAUUACAACACAUGAUGGAUGAGGAAGCACAACAACGUCUUGCUCAUGCGUUCCAACGUACGGAAAAAUUAAUGAGAGAAAAUCGAGCUAAACUUAAUAUUUUAGCUGAAGAAUUAUUAAAACGUGAGACACUUAAUUAUGAUGAUAUUGUUAAACUUAUUGGUCCUCCACCGUAUCCUGAUAAACAAAAAAUGGAUAUUAUCGAUUGGGAUGAUACAGUUUCAACGCCAAAACCAUCGACUAUUCCACCAACAACUGAAUCAUUAGGCGGUACAGGCCAAGGCACGGCUGGUGAAGGUCCACCUUCUCCAGGAGAUAAUACUCAUCAUACUUUAGAAAAAUAA